AUGGAAAUCAUUACGGAGAGAGUCUACUCGAACCUUUUCCGUUCAUCAACUCCUGUGUCAAGCCCGAUCAUCCCCACUGGUGAAGCUCCACUACAGAUUCCCCCUUCGGAAUUACGAGUCGCUAUCAAGAGCAUGAAACCUGGCACAGCUCCCGAACCUGAUUUUAUAUCAGCAGACCUUCUUCGGGCUGGUGGCCAUUCACUUCAUGUAAUCUUAGCAGCGCACAUGACAUCCUACCUUCAGAAAGAAAGGACCCCAGACCAGUCGAAGACCUCGCGAACCGUUCCUAUCCAUAGGAAGGCCACCGAGAGGACCUUCGGAACUACCUUUCGAUAUGCUUGCUGA